AUGGCGUUGGCCGCACUCAUCUCAGGAGCUGAUGGGCCUCUUCUUUACCCCGUCAUACUGGUCCUCGCUGGCACUCUUACUCUCAUAUUCUCCCUCGCCACCUCCGGGCCCAAGCUUCACAGCAGUUUCCCAAUAGCGGGGCUGGAGUCUGGAUGGUUUGGACGGCUGGAGAAAGCGCGCCGGAGCUGGCUGCAUCGGAGCAAGGAGAUCGUCAACGAGGGCCUGACAAAGUUCCCAGGAUGCUUCCAGGUCGUCACGGCAUCGGGCCCUAAGCUUGUACUUCCGGGCGAGUUUGCUGAUGAGAUUCGGAAUAAUCCCCAUCUCAGCUUCCAGCAGGCUGUUUCAAAGGAAUUCUUCGGCACGUUGCCCGGGUUUGAGCCCUUUGGUACACAUGGUGCAGCAGAAAUCGGAGUCGAGAUUGUGAGAGGAAGACUCACUCAGUCACUGAACUUCAUCACCGAAGCCCUAGCACAAGAAACCGCCGCAGCCCUCAAGGCUCUAUGCGGGCAACCAAAAGAAUGGACAGAAAUCCAGUACAAGGACAUGCUCCGCCAGCUGGUCGCCCAAGUCUCAGCACGCAUCUUCAUCGGCCCAGAGCUAUCAUCCAACAAGGACUGGCUCGACGUGAGCGUAAACUACGCAACACAGGCAUUUUGCGCUGCUGAGGCCCUGCGCCGCUGGCACCCGGCCCUCCGCCCAUUCGUCCACUGGGUUCUCCCUGAAUGCCGCAAGCUAAGGAGUGAACUAACCCGAGCCAGACAGAUCCUAGCACCUGUCGUUCGCAAGCGCCAGGAACAAAAUCGUCUGGCGAGAGAAGCGGGCGGGGAUUUUUCUUCGAAAGUAGCAGAUACCGUGGGCUGGAUGGACGAGGUAGCCAACGGGAGGGCAUACGAUGCGGGUAUAUUGCAGCUCGGCCUCUCGCUUGCGGCUAUACAUACGACAUCAGAGCUUGUUAGUGGGAUCAUUGCGGAUCUCUGCUCUCAUCCUGAGUGGUUUGGGCCUCUACGUGAAGAGAUGGCGUCUAUGAUCAAGGCUCAUGGAUGGACGAAGAAGGCGCUGCAUGAAAUGAAGCUGACGGACAGUAUGAUGAAAGAGUCCCAGCGACACCAUUGUGGGGAUAUCGGAUCAAUGCACCGCGUAGCCACACAACCCAUAAAACUCUCCAACGGCAGCACAAUCCCAAAAAACACGUCUAUAAUGGUUGCCCUCAACAAAAUGAAAAUCAUAUCCUCAAACAACAACAACAUCAACAAUAUUAAUAGCAGUGAUCCAGCCUACAACCCCCGCCGUUUCCUUGACCUGCGUAAACAGCCCGGCCAAACAACAAAAUGGCAGUUUGUGACGACCUCUGCAGACCAUCUCGCUUUUGGACACGGCAGGCACUCCUGUCCGGGACGGUUCUUUGCUGCGAACGAAAUCAAGGUUAUUUUGACUUAUCUUUUGCUUCGGUUUGAGUGGAGGUUUAUGGCUGAGAUUCCGAGGUCGGAUAUAAACCAUGCCAGUGGAGUCGGUACGAAUCCGAAUGCGAAGGCGUUUAUUAGGGUUAGAGACCAGGAUGUCUUGAUUUGA